CUCAUUUUGCAUAUCUUUCUCUCUCUCAAUCUCAUACACCUUUGCUCUUCUUUAAUCACCUUUUAUGGCAAAUUUGAUCCUUAAGCAGUCUCUAAUCAUACUCCUAAUCAUAUUUUCAUCACCAAUCUUGAGUUCUCAAGCUCGAAUCCUCCGGACAGGUAACGUUGCGGCCAUGGGAAAUAUGGACAGUCAGGUUCUACUACGUGAACUCGGUAUUGAUCUCUCCAAGUUCAAAGGUCAUAACGAGAGGCGGUUUCUAGUGGAUUCCGAAAGGGUUUCACCGGGAGGUCCCGAUCCACAACACCAUUAACUGAUCUUUUUUUACAGAUAUAUAGACUUUGCCGGAGAUCCAAGCACAAGUAAUUGUUAAUGAUCCAUGCAAGUCAUUUGAAUAUCGCCAUUGAUAUGCUUUUCUUUUUCUUUUUUCAUAAAUUUUACGUACAAUUUUGUUGUAUCGAUCAAGGUUUUGGUAUUUUUGUACCUCCUUACCUGGAUACAUCAUGCUUUUUAUCUGUGUGUUUUCUUGUGUAUCCAAUGAGUUACCUUUUAUGUAACAACGAUUGGCUUAUAUUUUAUAAUGUUCCCCGGUCUU